AUGGCCACCAAUGGAGAUGAGCAACAGAGCCGGCACCAGGAGGUUGGCCAUAAAAGCCUUCUGCAAAGCGAUGCUCUCUAUCAGUAUAUACUCGAGACUAGCGUGUACCCCAGAGAGCCUGAGCCCAUGAAGGAGCUCAGGGAGAUAACUGCAAAACAUCCAUGGAACAUCAUGACAACAUCCGCCGAUGAAGGACAAUUCCUGAACAUGCUUCUCAAGCUCAUCAAUGCCAAGAACACCAUGGAGAUUGGCGUCUACACCGGCUACUCUCUCUUGGCCACCGCUCUUGCUCUUCCUGACGACGGAAAGAUUUUGGCCAUGGACAUCAACAGGGAAAACUACGAGUUGGGUCUGCCUGUAAUUGAAAAAGCUGGAGUUGCACACAAGAUUGAUUUCCGAGAAGGCCCUGCCUUGCCCGUUCUUGACCAAAUGAUCGAAGAUGGGAAGUACCAUGGAACGUUUGAUUUCAUAUUCGUGGACGCUGAUAAGGACAACUACAUGAACUACCACAAGAGGUUGAUUGAGCUGGUGAAGGUUGGGGGAGUGAUAGGGUACGACAACACCCUAUGGAACGGAUCAGUGGUGGCACCACCUGAUGCUCCUCUUAGAAAGUACGUUAGGUAUUACAGGGACUUUGUUCUGGAGCUCAACAAGGCCCUCGCUGCUGACCCUAGGAUUGAAAUCUGUAUGCUUCCUGUUGGUGAUGGAAUCACUAUUUGCCGUCGGAUCAAGUGAUUGCCUAUACUAAUUUGUCGAGGUUUACAGCAGGUGAUUCAUACCUCAAAGAUGAAGUGAUAUGUAAUUUUUUUCCCCCUCUUUUUAUAUUUUCCUCUGAAAAUAAUUGUGUAUUUUCUUAUGAAUGAAUGAUAUAUCAUCGAGCUAUCUUGUAUCCAA